AUGGAACCGUCAACUACCGCGACAUCAAAGAAGCUCAUCAUCAUUCUCGGCGGUUCCUACGGCGGCGUUUCUACGGCCCACUACCUUCUCAAGCAUGCCGUCCCAGCUCUACCCGACGCCAAAGGGUACAAGGUCAUCCUCGUCAGUCCCUCGGCGCAAGUCAUGUGUCGACCCGCGUGCCCUCGGGCACUCAUAUCCGACGACAUGUUUCCCCAGGAGAAGCUAUUUGUCGACAUACCCGGCCUCUUCAAGCCGUACGGAGGAGACAACUUCUUUUUUGUUCAAGGAACCGCAACAGAUCUCGAUCACAAGGACCGAACCGUCUCCGUCACGUCGAAGGGCAAGAACGAAACAACUGUUCUUUUUUACCACGCUCUAGUCAUCGCAACAGGCGCAUCUACUCCUUCGCCUCUCCUCGGUCUCCAUGAAGACUCUGAAAGUCUACGAAAGAGUUGGGCCGAGUUUCGCAAGGCCUUGUCACAGUCCAAGAGCAUAGUCGUCGUUGGCGGAGGACCAGCAGGUGUCGAGACCGCCGGCGAGCUGGGCGAAUAUAUGAAUGGCCGAAGAUCAAAACACCCCAAAGUGCCCAUCACUCUGGUCUCGUCUACAUCUGAAAUCCUCCCCGCACUUCGUCCCGCCAUCGCCCGCAAGGCAGAACGCUACCUCGCCCAAGUCGGAGUUUCUGUUCUCAAAGGCGUUCGAAUGAAGAGUGUAGCGCCAGCCGGGGCUGGGGCCGCAGAAAUCGCAACAAAUGCAGCAGUCACUCUAGACAGCGGAAAGACGAUCGAGGCCGAUAUCUAUAUCCCCGCAACUGGUAUGCGACCGAACACGAACUUUGUCAAUGACACGCUCCUGCUCCCCGACGGCCGAGUCGACACUAAUCCCCUGACCCUCCGUGUCGACCAAGCCGGACCGCGCGUCUAUGCCAUUGGCGACGCGUCUUCCUUUGCUAGGCCAGCCAUUCACAAUAUCCUGAGUGCUAUCCCUGUCAUGUGUGCCAACAUCAAGCGGGAUCUUCUUUUGGCUUCUACUGUACCAGAGACUGCGGGUGAGGACAGGUCGUUCAAGGAAGACGUCCGCGAGACACAGUUAGUCCCGAUUGGAAAGAGCAAAGGGGUCGGUGCCGCGAUGGGGUAUCAGCUGCCCAGCUUCAUAGUGUGGAUGAUUAAGGGCCGGGAUUAUUGGUUGUGGACGACGGAGAAUCUUUGGAGUGGUAAGCAUUGGGCCAAGAAGUCUUGA